AGUACCUAUUUUGUAUUUGAGUUAAGUUAUAAUCUUUAUAUUUUGUUGAUUGGUAUGGUCUACUUAAAGAUAUAACAAUUGCAAUUAAAAGAUAAAAUGGAACCAUUACAUUAUCUUGACAUUCCAUCAGAAAAAGCAACCUUUUCUAUGGGCUGUUUUUGGGCUCCUGACAGUCUUUUCGGUUCUACUCCGGGUGUUAUUACUACAAGAGUUGGUUAUGCUGGCGGAACUGAAGGUUUUAUUCCUACAUAUAGAAACAUUGGUGACUAUACAGAAGCCAUUCAAUUGCAAUACGAUCCUAAUACUGUCUCUUAUUUAGAGUUAUUGAAAAUGUUUUGGGACCAUCAUGAUCCUACUGCAAAGUUUAAAAAGCAAUACUCAUCAUUUAUAUACUACCAUAAUGAUCAACAAAAAUCAGAAGCAGAGCUGACUUUAAAUGAGAAGAAGGCCAAGGGUCUUGAUAUAUUGACUAAAAUAGAACCCGCUGGUCAAUUCUUCAAUGCUGAGGAUUACCAUCAAAAAUACCGAUUACAACAACACAAAAACCUGUGCAACAACCUUGGUCUCAAGACCGGAGAUGAUCUGAUUAAUUCUCAUGUAGCUGCUAGACUAAAUGGUUAUGUUGUUGGUCAAGGAGGAAUUGAUCAAUUUGAUUCAGAAGUUUCAAAGUUAAGAUUAGAUGAAGCAGCAGUWUCAUACAUAAGACAAUUAGUGAUUAAAUACGAAGGUCAAGGAUUACAUUGCUGAUAAAAAUUAUUUUUCUUUUUGUUUUACAUUUACUAUAUGUAUACUGUGUAAUGUAGAUAUUGUCCAUACUUUUGACAUGUUAAAAUUGUGUAAAACUAUAGAAAAUUAAUUAUUUUCGACAAACCAAUAAUUGAGUAUUAUACUAUCAUAUAUUAUGAUA